UAUCUGCAGAAGAGAAACCUGCAGCUGCCUCUCAAUUUUGUCACGGGGGAAGCAGUCUUAUACGGCAGUGAUUUUCCUGACCUCCUGGAUUCCUUCCAGACUGAAGAGGAUUUCCAGACAAAUAACAGCUCCUGCAUGGAGCAGUGCUCAGCAGACCUCAGUUCUCUUCUUGGGGCCGUGACGAAGCAGGAUGCACCUGGGUAUGUCUCUCACGCUGAUCAUGUGCUGCAGCUCCCCRUGGCAGCUCUCAUCUGUGAGCCUGAUGGGCCAGAUCCAGACAAGAUAGACAGUGACACCGAGGAGGACAGCAACUCCCUCCUGGUCAUCAUUGAAACUCUCUUUGAGAAAAGCAAGAUGGAUGAGAACAUCUGCCAGACCCUCCAGAACYUCAAUGUGGACAACAUGGAUCUGCAACAGUGGCAGGAGACGCUGUUCGACUUGUGUGUAGAGCAGCUGACAUCUCAGGGCAAUGUUGAGCGGCUGGACAGUGAGGUGAACGCCUGCAUGGAGCAAAUGCCAUUCAGGAAGGACACUGAGGAGAGCACGGACUUCCCGCUCUGCAGUGCAACGGGGAUGUCCUGCGGUGGGGAAGGCAGUCCUGCAGCUCUCUGGGCAGUUAAUUCAGCAGCUCCUGCACCACUGGGGUUUCAGACACCACUGCUGUGUCAGGCACCUGAUGCACAAGACCAAGAUGCUGCUGUCUCUCUUGUGCCCAUUAUGCCUGAGGGCAGCUYUGCUCAACCCAAAGAGCAGGUCCCAUUUGACCCAGCUGGGCUCAUGGGAGGAACCAUCACUGGUGCUCCAGGCUCCCUCAGCAAGCCCUGUGUGACAGAUCAGCUGGCAAACCAAGGACAGUGGUUUCAAGGGAAAGGUACCAUUUCCCUUCCUGCAGACAGCAUUGAUCCUAAUAACCAGAGCCAGCUGAAGGGCUCAGGAUGUCCGUCUCCACUGGACUCAAAUGCACUAGUGUCCCAGUGGCACAAUGCUCCUGUCCUGGCAAACCCAGACAGCGUUUUAGGGCAGAGCAUUGCCCCUGGACACUGCCCAUCAGAAGCUUGGGUGACUGUUGCUCCAGAAGAGCUGGGAGUAGCAGCAGUGCAGAUGGAGUCACAGCAAACUGCUCUGCCUGGCUCCCCAGGGCCGGGGCUGUCGCCCCUGCAGCCUGCUCCUUGCCAGGGCUUGUCCACGUCCUGCACCGUCCAGUUCUCUGCAGUUGAGGACCUCCAUACUGCAGCAGCAGCUCUCCCUGUGCAAGAUCCAAAGCCAUCAGAAGUUGACCUGCAGCCAGGAAAUGGGAAAUUCCCCAAACAGCCUUCUGCUCCCCUUAACAUAUCCAGCAUUUACUGGGAAGRGGACUGGGCGAUGCUCCAAGAGGACAAGUGGUUGAGACAGCACCGGCCACAGCUUCUGCAGGCUGGGACGCAUCCUCAGGGAUGCAACGAGCUAACUGCGAUGCAACACAACAAACUCCUGCUGGAUAACGGCCUGGACCCACACACCCAGCAGAUGGACCAUGUUGUCUGGCCUCAGUGGGAGUACAGCGAUAGCAAGGGCUUCUUUAAACAYCAAUAUGCCUUUAUUAAGGAUGUCCCUAAAAUAUGCCUUUCUCAGCAACCAAGGACUUGCCACAGUGAGAGCCACUCUGGGGCAUCUUAYUACUCAUCAGGACCCACGUUGGGUUGCUCAACAACUCUCCCUGUGGAGGGCCACCAGAUGGAGGAAGCCCCUGCGAUGGAGCUGACCCGUGCACUUGCUCAGGAUGAYGUGAUCUUCACGAAGUCCUGACAAAGAGAGGAAGGUCUGUUCUUCCUCCCAUGGCACCUUGAGGGKGUAGCACCCUAUGUGAUUCCCUUGAUUCCG